CCGGACGCCAACAUUUUCACUCGCUCUCCUCUGAGGCUGAUUACUAACACGUUGGAGUCCGUUCAGAGCACCACACCCACCUUUGUUUUUGAGGGAAAAGCUGCUGACUGGAAGAACACAGGCUGAACACUGUGCAGACAUGGAAGCUGCACUUGCACUGUUGCUGGUGUUGCUUAGAGUCUCUCAUGGUUUUGAAACUCACUGUGAUGGCAGACAGGAUGGAGCUCAGUGUUAUGGACCUUUGGGAGGAACUGUGGACAUCCAGCUGAUGGACAGCACCUCAGAAAUGCCUAGAUACCAACUUUCAAAGAAUACAUUAAAAAUACUAGAUGUGAUAAAUAAUAAGGUUAUUUCUAAUAGCAUAGGAGAUAGAUCUACCCUUUUUCUCAGCAAUGGAACAUUUAGGGUCAAUAAACUGAGCAGGAAAGACAGUAGUAAAUAUAGCCUUAAAACAUUUAAUUCAGAUGGAAAAUCAUUAGGCGAGCGGACUUUGCAGUUGUUUAUUCAAGCUCCUGUGUCCUCUGUCCUGCUGAUCUCUGAGUGUCUGUCCCAGGGAGAAAGGAGGGUGUCCUGCUCCUCUGAGAGAGCAAACAAUCCUCAGUACAGCUGGACUCUGGAUGGACACACACUGACAGAUGCUGAGCUCCUUUCUGGAAACAAUGAGACUAACAUAAUCACUCUGAAACAGCACGUCUCAGGACAUCUGGUCUGCUCAGUCAGGAACAACGUCAGUUAUGUCUACAAAGAACAGAGGAUAUCUACCUGUGGCUUUAUUUUCAUUAACUGUACUUCAGUCAAUGGGACACAGAUCUCAGGGUGGGUGUAUGAAGCUAAUAACACCCUGUGUACUCAACCAACAAAGACUUCUGUGGGUGAGGAUAAUGGAGCCGCCAUCAGUGAUGAGGCAUGGUAUAUUAGAAAUUUGCCACUGAUCGGUGGUGUUCUCUCAUUGCUGGUCAUUUUCUUGGUUGUUGGUGUAGCAGUCAUAUGUGCUUGGAGGAAAAAGCAAAACAGCAAACCUACAAAAAAGGAGGAAGAAGAUGACCAGGAGGUCUUUGGUGAUGUCAGGUUUGUCAAAAGGCAGGCAAACCAAGCUGAGAAAAAAGCGGAGGUGGAGUAUGGCCAAGUCAAGUCUGUAAAGCGACCUCGGAAGCCUGAACCAACAAAAACUGAUAGUGUGUAUGCUAACGUCCAAAAAGUCAGGUGAUGAAGUGCUCAGUGCUUUUGGACAGGCAGCUCCACUGAAAGUAGUUGGAGUGAGGAGCUGAUGUUAAGAUGCCUAAAGGUCCUUCAUUUAAUUUAUUGGAUUAUUUUACUGUCAUUGCACUUCUGUAUAAUAUCAGGUGAUUAACGCAUCUAUUGUUAUGCGACCUCUUCAUUUAAUUACAAAACACUGAGUAUUUUCUGCAUCUGUACUCUGUGGAAGCCAUAACAUAAUGAAGGUUAUGACUGCUUUAUUAGUGUUUCUCUUUUAACUUGAACUUGACUAGUUUUUCACUUGGUAAAGGUUCGACCAAUGUGUAAAUGGAGACAUGAUAAAGAGAAAGCAUUUUAACAUUUAUGAAAAUAUGACUGUAAAUAAAGCUUCUUUUGUACCACACAUGUUAUGUGAAAAAACUGUAGCUUUUCAUAUAUUUUUGAUUUUGCAAAGAUAAACUAUAACAAUGUACUUGUAGAAUAUAUAUGGGAUAUGCCCCCGAGAGUAAGUACAUAGUAGUGGUGGAGAGGAAAGCAGAGGAAAAAGGCUGUAGUGACAGAUGUAGCUAUACUAAGUGAUAGAAACAUCAGCAAGAAAUUGGAGAAAUGCCAAGGGCUGAUACAGGAGCUAGAUAAGAUGUUUAGGCCAACAGUGGUCCCAGUGGAAAUCAAAACACCUGAGGCUGUGACUCCCAAAAUGGGCAAGCGGCUCAGAGAUUCCAGGAACAACAUCCGAGAUCUGUGUCCAGAAGAGCACAGUCCUAGGAACAGCAAAGAGACUGCACAGGACCCUCAAGCUCCCACACCUCUGGUAGAAGACCCCCAGCUGGAAUGAUACAGACCGCCAAGAGGUUCAGUGUGGAAUUUAUAUAUAUACAGUGGUGUAAAAAGGUUUUUGCCUCCUUCCUGAUGUCCUUUUUUUCUGUACAUUUAUCAAACUUAAAUUUGUUUGAUGAUCUGAACCAUUUAAAUAUUAGACAAAGAUAACACAAGUAAACACAAAAUGGGAGGAGAAAAAUCUAUUAAGAUGGUGGUUUACAGCAGUUGACACAUAGCAGUGGCUAUUAGGGUGUGGAGUCCACUUGCCUGGUAUGCAUCCACUCCUCAGGUUAUUGAUCCUAAUUAUUGCAUUAUUGGGACCAGAAAUCUGUUUUUAUUUGUUUUACCUUAAUCUUUUUUCCAGUGAGUACUUUUGAUUGAUCCUUUAACAGCUUGAAUCUA